AACUAAAGAAAGGGAAUACGAGCAGCGCUUUCAGAAUCGCAAAGCCUUCAGCUUUUCCCCGUGACAAUGUUCCCACCGUUCUUAUCCUCACCAUUACUUAUCCCCCCCCUCUCUUCUCUUCGUCCUUCCCCAGCCGAGAGAGAGAGAGAGAGAGAUCGAUCUUAUCGAAGAUUUGUUUUGUGGGAGCUCAGACGUGGCCAUGGUGUCGUCCGCCCAGCUUCGCCUCAUGUCUGAUCUCAAGGCCAUAAGAAACGAGCCUCCCGAGGGAUGCAGUGCGAGUCCCUUGUCGGAUGAGAACUUGUUUGUCUGGAGCGCGACCAUAUUUGGUCCUGAUGAAACCCCUUGGGAAGGUGGUGUCUUUGGCUUGAGGCUGACCUUUGGUGAUAAUUAUCCAGAGAAACCCCCUCGUGUUCGGUUCACAUCAGAAGUGUUCCAUCCAAAUGUUUAUAACGAUGGAGUGCUAUGUAUGGAUAUUAUCCAAGAUGCAUGGUCUCCCUGUCACAAUGUUUGCACAAUUUUGACAUCAAUCCAGUCACUUCUUACCGAUCCAAACCCAGCAAGUCCUGCAAAUACUGAGGCUGCUUACUUAUUCGAGCAUGAUAUUCAGGCUUAUAACAGGAGAGUGCGGCAAUGUGCUCGCAAGUCCAUUGAAUCUUCAUAAUGUUCCAGUGGCUGCCAGUUUCUUCUGCGAGCAAAUAGUUUCUUGUCUCCCAUCUCACUGUUAACAUUAGCUAUUCCUGACACCUAAAUCUUCAAGCAUGUUUAAAUAAAACUGUUGUAGGCCCAAUGUGCUUUGUCCAUAAUUAUAACAUGUUACAUGAACUUUUCCAGCUUUGCUGUACCAAAUUUGAUUUAGGGGUUGUAUCCUCCUUUGAAGAGACAUCCAAGUGGAUAGAUUAUUUUUUUUCAAUGUAAACAAACUAAAUAUGUGCUUGAAAAUGCAAUGAAAUCUGCAGUGCCUGAAGUUUGGGAUUGACUAUUGUGGGCACUUAGAACCA